AUGAAUAUUAAAGAUGAAAUUCAAAAGAUAUUUAAUUGGAUAGAGAAUCAAUGUCAAUAUGGUUUGAUAGAUCUUAGAACAAAAGAAGAAUUUCAAAGACAACAUAUUAUAAACACUACAAACAUUCCUCUUGACCAACUACCACAAAGAAUAUUCGAAUUACCACCAAGAGGAAAUAAGAUAUCAUUUUUAUAUCCAAUUAAUAUUGAUGAUAGUGGAACAAUAACGGAUCUUUGUGAAUUAGAAUCAUAUAAACAAUCGAUUGAACUUAGAGAUACACUCAUAAAUAGAUCAGGUUAUCUAGUGGAGUUCAUUUGCUAUAUCGAUCAAAAUACUCAAGAUAUCUUUUUUGCAUCAUUAAUCAACGAUAACAACAAAGAUAUCGAUCGUACAUUGGUUGAAAGUGGUUCGGUUUCAAGGUUACUUUGGAAAGCUUGUUCAUUUUUAGAAUCAUCAAUAGAUUUAAUUGACACUCAACUCUUAAAACAACUACAACAACAACCAGAACAAAAACCAUCUAUUUACUAUUCAUUGGAUUUGGCAUGUGGAUCGGGUAGAGAUGCAUUGUUCAUUGCCAAACGAGGUCACUCCAAUGUAAUAGCAGUGGAUCACGAUCCAAUUCUCCUGAAAAAGAUAUCGGAUGCUCUACCUCGCUAUGGAAUACCAGAGGAAUCGGUGAGGUGCGUACAACUCGAUUUGGAACCGGUUUACAUUGAUCCUGCACAUCUCGAUCGAGAUCAUUCGAAUCGGUUGGAAACCAAUGAUCCUUUGAAAUACACUGCCGACGAACUCAACAAGUUGAAAUCACUGCUUGCACAACUGCGGGCACUGUCUCCGGUCAAUGGCUAUCACUUGGUGCAUGUUGCACGCUACCUCUACCGGCCACUUCUCCCGAUCAUAGCAGAGCUAAUAGUACCGGGUGGAUUCGUUGUAUUUCAUACAUUCAUGCAUCCAUCGAAAGGCAAACCCAAACGUCCAAGAUACCUACUGAACUACAAUGAGCUCAAAGAACGAUUUACAAACUCUUUGUUCGACAUCAUUGAAUAUCAAGAGACAUUACUCGAGGAUAAUAGACCAAUUCAAUUUCUAUUGGCAAGAAAACAAUAA